GAGAUGGACCGCCCCCGAGAGGCCGAGACGGAGCUGAGAAGGGGCCCCAGCCCACCCAGGGCCAGCAGGAGCCCCGAGGCGGACGGCGACAAGGCGCUGAGCCACAGCUGCUGCAUCUGCGGCAAGAGCUUCCCCUUCCAGAGCUCCUUGUCCCAGCACAUGCGCAAGCAUACAGGCGAGAAGCCCUACAAGUGUCCGUACUGCGACCACCGGGCCUCGCAGAAGGGCAACCUGAAAAUCCACAUCCGCGGCCACCGCACGGGGACUCUGAUCCAGGGCCACGCGCCCGAGGCGGGCGAGACGCGCGUGUCCGAGGGCCUGGACGGCUGCGCCAGCCCCACGAAGAGCGCCUCGGCCUGCAACAGGAUCCUGAACGGCGCCACCCAGGUGGACAGCGGCAAGAUCCUGCUGAGGAGCAGCAAGAAGGAGGCGGAGGGGGCGGCGCGCGCGGCGGAGGAGGCCAAGGCGGCGGGGGCGGGGCAGUGUUCCUUCUGCAAGAGCAAGUUCGAGCGCAGGAAGGACCUGGAGCAGCACGUGCACCAGGCGCACAAGCCCUUCAAGUGCCGGCUGUGCAGCUACGUGACCCUGCGGGAGGAGUCGCUGCUCAGCCACAUCGAGAAGGACCACAUCACGGCCCAGGGGCCCCGCGGCGACGCCUUCGCAGAGAACGGCAAGCCUGAGCUGCCCCCCGGCGAGUUCCCCUGCGAGGUGUGCGGCCAGGCCUUCAGCCAGACCUGGUUCCUGAAGGCGCACAUGAAGAAGCACAGGGGCUCCUUCGACCACGGCUGCCACAUCUGCGGCCGGAGGUUCAAGGAGCCGUGGUUCCUGAAAAACCACAUGAAGGCGCACGGCCCGAAGGCGGGAAGCAAGAACAGGCCCCGCGGCGAGCUGGACCCCAUCGCCACCAUCAACAACGUGGUGCAGGAGGAGGGGAUUGUGGCCGGCCUGAGCCUCUACGAAGUCUGCACCAAGUGCGGGAACCUGUUUACGAACCUGGACAGCUUGAACGCGCACAACGCCAUCCAUCGCCGGGUGGAGGCCGGCCGGCCGCGGGCCCCGGUUGGGGAGGGCCCGGCGCCCGGCCCCGCCGACUCCCAGCAGCUCUUCCUUCAGUGCCUGAACCUGCGCCCGGCGGCCGGCGCGCCAGCCCGCGGGCAGGCCGGGCGGCGCGUGGCCGAGCUGGACCCGGUCAACAGCUACCAGGCCUGGCAGCUGGCCACGCGGGGCAGGGUGGCCGAGCCGGCCGAGUACCUCAAGUACGCGGCGUGGGACGAGGCGCUGGCUGGGGACGUGGCCUUCGACAAGGAGCGGCGCGAGUUCAUCCUGGUGAGCCAGGAGAAGCGCAAGCGCGAGCCCGAGCCCGGCGCGCAGGGGCCCCCGCGCAAGAGGGCGGGCGCGCCCGGGGACCCCGCGCCCGGGCCCCCGGACCCCCGGCCGGCCGCGCGCCCCAGCCGCCGCGCCGCCGCCCCCGCCGGCCACGGCAAGUCGUCCGAGUGCUUCGAGUGCGGCAAGAUCUUCCGCACGUACCACCAGAUGGUGUUGCACUCGCGGGUGCACCGCCGCGCGCGCCGCGACCGUGACCGCGACGGCCCCGGGGACCGCGCGCCCCGCGCCCGCUGCGGCUCGCUCAGCGAGGGUGACUCGGCCUCGCAGCCCAGCAGCCCCGGCUCGGCCUGCGCCGCCGCCGACUCCCCGGGCUCCGGCCUGGCCGACGAGGCCGCCUUCGAGAGCGGAGAGGAGGGCGCAGCCCAUCCCGCACCAGGGACAAAGCCACACCGCUGCUGCUUUCCUGAGGAAGUGGCCUCCGCUGCGCUCUCCAACGGAGACCAAAGUCACACACUUGGAAGUAACCCAUCGGGAAGAGCUGCCAGGGAGCCCAGCGCGGGGAUCGCAGCUUCUGUGUCCAUACUUGAAAGCAGUAGCAGAGACACUUCCAAGAGAGCAGAGCAGCCUAGGUUUUCUGUGGACUUAGAGAUGCCAGCAUUUCACCCCAAGCAAGAGGGCCCCGGCUCCAGGGAUGCUGCGGACUUCCCUUCGCAUCCCACUCAGACUGCAGAUGUGCAGCUCCCCUCUGAGAGCCAAGCCACCCACCUGAAAGAGAAGCUGUCCGAUUUGCACAAUAAAGAGCAUUCCGGGGGAGGGAAACGGGCUCCGGCCCCAGACGUGAUCCCGCUGGACCUGAGUGAGCGGUCGACGCGGGAUCACCCCAGCCACAAGGAGUGGGCCUCCUCCCUGCAGGCUGCUCUGGCCGUCCACCCGUGUCCUUACUGCAACCAUAAGACCUACUACCCCGAGGUGCUGUGGAUGCACAAGCGCAUCUGGCACAGGGUCAGCUGCCACUCCAUGGCCCCCCAAUGGAUUCAGCCCAACGGUUACAAAAGCAUCAGAAACAACUUGGUUUUCCUCACCCGGAGCGGACGCACGGGCCCCCCGCCUGCCCUUGGGGGCAAAGAGUGCCAGCCUCUGCCCAUCUCCCGGUUCACCCGCACUCAGGUGCCGGGUGGGGCGCUGGGCCCCAAAGGGAGCCCCUCGCCCCUGGGGGUGCCCACGAAAGCCGCCGGCUUGCCCAGGAGCAAGGAGAGCCACCCCGGGGGGCCCUGCGCGCUCUGGGCGGCCGGCCCCGACGGGCAUCGGCAGACCAAGCCCGGCCCUGGCCCCGAGCAGCCCGGGGCUCCGCCGCCCCCAUCCAAGCCCAAGCAGGAGGCCGGCCCGAGACCCGGGCCCGCGGCGGGCAGCGGGGGCUUCAGCAGAAGUGCCACACCGACGCCCACCGUCAUCGCCCGGGCGGCUCCCCAGCCCCCGGCCAACAGCAGGCAGGGGGACAAGUAUGGCCUCCCCCCAGCGGGGGCCGGCCUCGGUCCCCCAAAUAAGCACAGUGCCCUGGACCCGCCCAAAGCCAAAUUCAGCCCACAGCCUCAGGGUCAAGCGCACGGGAAAGGUGACGGGGGCCCCCCUCUACCUCCCCGAGAGCCCCCCACCAAGGUCAGCUCCAGAGGGACUGCGGCCUCGCAGGCCCAGCCCGUCUUACACAACAUCAAACAGGAGCCUGCGUCCGAGGGCCCCGAGAAACGCCUGGACAUCCUCAAUAUCUUUAAGACGUACAUUCCAAAGGACUUUGCUUCUCUCUACCAGAGCUGGGGCGGCAAUGGCCCUGCGCUCGAGCACAGAGGGACACUCCGGACGCCGGCCCACCAGGGAGACUUGGUCUGCGUGGAGUGUGGAAAGUGCUUCCACCAGUCUAGCCAUCUCCGGGCCCACACGCGGGCUCACACAGUGCUGUUUGAGUCUAACGGCCUCCGAGGUGCUGAAGCCCACGCCACCUCCGCAGAUGCCCCCAAACAAGGGAGAGACCAUUCUAAUGCAGAUACUGUCCAAACAGUGCCUCUCAGAAAGGGAACCUAG